UUUUUUUUUGGUUGACUGUACAACAUAAAUUGGUUAGCAACAAGAAUUAUUUCAUUAUCGAACAUCAAAAAAAAAAAGAAUUUUUUUCUUCUUCUUUUUACUUAAUUAUUAAACAGAUAAGAAAAAAGAAAACAUGGAUAAACUAUCAUUUACACCGGAAUUAUGGACAAAAAUAUUUAUUGUAGUGAAUAGUUUAUUUGUGAUAUUUAGUUUUAUUAUGUUUGCACUAGGUAUUAGUGCAUUAGAUACAUUACUUAAAUAUGGUACAAUAUUACAAUUAGCACCACCAGCAAUAUAUGGAACUGUUAUAUUUACUGGAUUACUUGGUAUAAUAGCUUCAGCUGUUGGAUUUUUUGGUUUAUGGAAAAAAAUGAAAAUUAUUGCACUUGUGCAUAUGAUUGGUUUAGGUAUUGCAACAUUAAUUAAUAUAUGUAUUGCUAUUGCAGCAGCUGCAACUCAAGAUAAAUAUACAUCAGAUGCUCAACAAUCAUUGCUCAGUUCUAUUUCAAAUUAUAAUCGAAGUCAAUAUUCAUCGGAAUUCGAUAAGUUACAUACUACUUUCUAUUGUUGUGGAGCUAGUUCAUACAAAGAUUUUAAACAAUAUAAUAUGAAGAUACCACCAUCAUGUAGAGUUGGUGAAUUGACCUACGCAACAGGUUGUAUUGAAGAAAUAACUGGCUUUGCUCAAAGUUACUCAACUAUAUUAAUAGUUCUAUGCUUUAUAACAGCUAUUCUUCAAGGUGCCUAUUUAGGCAUUUCAGUUUGGAUGGUUCGUAAAUCUGAUGAUGGAACCGCGUUUGCUGCAUAAACAUUGUAUCGAAGAUACAAUUCAAAAACAGACUUCAUUCCUAAAAAAAAAAAAAAGAUACACUUCAUUACUUUAUUAAUUCAUUGAAGAUAAUCAUUAUUAUUAUUUCAAAAAAACCCCCACAAAAAUAUCACUUUUGUUUUUCUCAUUCAAUUUUGAUUCUAUCACUUUUUUAAUAAGCUAAACACAUUCAUAGAGGGUUGAUUGUGUCUCAGUAACAAAAAUGUAAAACUGACCUUAUCAACGAUAAAUGUAAGAUGGAUAUUAUUUAUUAUUCUAUCUCUAUCAAUCUACUGAUAGUUGAAAACUAUUAUCAUUGAACAUAUCAUUAUUACAUAAUUAGUGAGUCUUGAUAAAUACUGUUUCAUUAGUAUUUCGAAGUUGUCAUAGUAACUAUUUGUAACCAUUUGAUUGGAAAUAGCUUUACAUAGAUAUGAAUUUAAAAGAUUUAUCAAACAUAUCGACUGGGAGUUAUUUUUAAAAAAAAUGUUUUCUGUGAUAUAUUUAUCAUUUCUAUUUAGUUUUAUUUUCUCU